AUGUAUCCCAAGACACGAUUCAUUCUAGUAGUUGUUGCUGCUGUUUUGGUUACAGUUGGCGUUUUAGUACUUCUUUUAAUCACUACUACGCCGCGUUCGAUUGAGUAUACGUACUCGCUAACUGGGACGUCUUCUGAAACACUACUUGGCUAUCUGCAAGAUAUGACUCCGCCUAAAAACCAAACUACCGAGAGUUUAUACGAUGUACUCUACCAAUUUGGUGUGAUUAGAACGGCUGAGGAUGUUGAAGACUCAGAUUUUGACAUUUAUCCCUACCAGGCCCUUAGUUCAUUCACUGAUGAUCCCGGGGCAGUGCCCGUGACUAUGCUCUACCAAAUAGACCCCGAAGAGGUGGCCUCAACGCGGCAGUACAUGCAGUACCAAGAAAUGGGCAAAAGAGUGCUCUACUUUAUGGAGGAUCCUGAUUUUGCCGAGCAGAUUCAAAUUACUGCCUACAACUACAACCUGCGCAGUCGCCAAGUUGCUAUCUUUAUCUUUUAUCAGGACGCCAAAGGAGCCCUCUCCGGCUACGUUUUAAACGAUGUCUGGCUAAGGCCAAGACAGUAUACUUUAAUAUACUUAUUAGCUUCACCCAAUAGUCAACCUGUCCUCAUAACCGAUCUAGAUAACAACCAGUAUCUAAUCACCCAAGAAUAA